AUGGCUCCAUCUGCCCGCGAGAAGGAACUUGAGCGCCAGGCGUUCUACCGCCAGUUAGGUGAGACAGCCAAGCUCAGCAACACUUUCGUCAAUCCCAAGACAUCGAAUAGCCAGAAUUUCGUCGGGGGUUCGAACAGUCCUCUUGCUGAUCAGGCCGCACGCCAUACUGCUCCUCCCAUGGCGCCUCACCCCAUACGCUUCGGCCCAGGGACAGUCAACAAUCUCACUGCCGAAGCGGCACGUCUACAGAAGCAUGACAUCAGCUACCCAUACGCACACCAUCCCCAACCUGCACCUCAAACCCCGCCCCACGCUUCUCCUUAUACAUUCGUGUACUCUUCGCCACAGCUUGCACCAAGUGUGUACGAGCCUCAGGCUCUCUCGAGCAGACAUGAGGCCCGCGAGUGGGAGCAGGCUGCGCCGAGGAUGCAAGUCCCUCAGGGUGACAUCCAAAGCUUCAUCGCCACUGAAAUUCAGCGCAUCAUGGGGCAGCAAGUUCACAAGUCUAUACAGCCGCCACAGGCUCAGCUCAUGAGUGACGAGGAGCGCAGCUCCCUCCUUGCAUAUGCGGAGCAGUGCAAAGCGGAGAGAGACGAGGUCCGAGCGCUUCACCGCAUCGCCGAGGGGAAAGCCGACAGCGCGAUCAAGCACCAGUCGCAAAUGGCCAAGAACAUAACCCAUCUCGAGCGCAAACUCACCGACUCUGAGAAAGCGUUAAACAGCGAGCGCGAAGCUAACAGGAGUCUCCGCCGUCGCAUUGACGAGGCCGAGUCCAAGUCUCGCAAGGAGCUCGACGAGACCAAGAAGCGGUUCAACAACGCCCUUAACGAGAAACACAACCUCAACGAACGUCUUUCACUCGCCAACGUUGAGAAGGAGAAGAGCCAGGACAAGGUCAAGAUGAUGCGGUUCGACAAUAAGGCGCUCGAUGUGCAGAACGCCGAGCUGCGGCGGCAAAAGAUCGCUCUCGAGCACCAGAACACGAACGUCGCCAACCAGAAGGACGACCUCGCUCGUCAGCUUGUCGCAGUUGAGGCGCAGCUUAAGCAGGCACUCCGCCAUAAGGCGAAGUACACACAGGUUGGCCAAGUUGAGGACCAGAAUGAACUGAUGAGCAGGAGUGCGACGACAUGCGCGUACAACAUGCACGGGUCCGCUGUCACCGACCCGCUCCUCAAUCUCACGUCUCCUCAACACUCGAGCCAUAACCAGGCGGCCAACUCGGCAUCUGCCAUGAAGCUUGCCCAAGUCCUCCACGAGCUGCAGGUCGCCUCGGCCACCAGCGACCCCUACCAGGAGCUCGGGUCGGUGUUCAAAUAA